GUGCGGACUAGUUUAAAAAAAUGGUCAAAAAACGCACUACCCGCACCGGGAACCAUCCAGAUCGAAUCCUAAAAACCCAACCCAUCCAAAUCGAAAUCCGAAUCCGAAUCCGAAUCCGAAUCCGUGCGUGCCGACGGUGAGAUGCGACUCCAAGCCAAAACUCAGAUGCGACAACAUCGUGCCAACGGUAAGAUAUUGUUUUGGGUGGGUUUCUCACUCUUUUCACCAACCAUCUUCUGUCAGUAACUCAUCAGCGCCUAACCUCGUUCACUUACUGAUCGGAGACGAGGAUAGACAAUUACUUCACUCAAAGAUGUAGAUAGAGAUUUGAUCUGUGUAUGGAGGAGGUCUAGUAGAAUAUCAAUUUCAGCAUCACUUGAUUAGUGUCCCCUUCUGACGUCAACAUGUUCAAGCAACUCCUACCCGGUAAACUUGGAUUAAACGGUCUCAUAAAGCAUUUUAAAGUGUCCCAUUUUGCUUUCCUGCAUUCUUCUGCAAAUGUAGAAGUGGAAGUUCAUUCUCAGGAGCAAGAAGUUGUGAUCGCUUUAGGUAGCAAUGUGGGUGACAGGCUGCAUAAUUUUGACGAAGCCUUGCGCUUAAUGAAAAUAUCGGGCAUAGAUGUUGUAAGACAUGGUUGUUUAUAUGAAACUGCGCCAGCCUAUGUGACCGAUCAACCACACUUUCUCAAUUCUGCUAUUAGAGCUUUUACUAAACUUGGACCUCAUGAGCUAUUGGGAGCACUUAAGAAAAUUGAAAGGGACAUGGGUCGUACUGAUGGUAUAAGGUAUGGACCAAGGCCAAUUGAUUUAGACAUAUUGUUCUAUGGAAAGCUUAGGUUCAACUCUGAUAUUCUUACCAUCCCACAUGAAAGAAUUUGGGAAAGGCCAUUUGUAAUAGCCCCAGUGUUGGAUUUGCUGGGAUCAGCUGUUGAGAACGAUACAGUUGCUUGCUGGCACUCUUUUGCUACUCAUGCUAAUGAUCUUUUUGAAACUUGGAAGAAAUUGGGUGGUAACUCUCUAAUUGGGAAAGAAGGUAUGAAGAGGGUUUUGCCCAUUAAUAAAGUUUUGUGGGACUGGUCACAAAAAACCUCAGUUAUGGGUAUCCUUAAUCUAACACCAGAUAGUUUUAGUGAUGGAGGAAAGUUUCAAUCUAUUGGGGAGGCAGUCUCUCAAGUCCGCUUGAUGAUUUCCGAAGGUGCAGAUAUGAUUGACAUUGGUGCACAAUCUACCCGCCCAACGGCUACUCUGAUAUCACCCGAAGAAGAAAUGUCCAGAUUAAUCCCUGUUUUAGAAGCCAUUCUCGAAAUGCCUGAAGUAGAAGGAAAACUUAUCUCUGUGGAUACUUUCUACUCAGAAGUUGCUUCAGAAGCAGUUGGCAAAGGGGCUCAUAUUAUCAACGAUGUAUCUUCUGGGCAGAUAGAUUCUAACAUGUUUAAGGUUGUUGCAGAUCUUAAGGUACCUUAUAUUGCAAUGCACAUGAGAGGGGACCCAUCAACUAUGCAGAGUAGUGAAAACUUGCAGUAUGAUAAUGUUUGCAACCAGGUUGCCUCUGAAUUGUACUUAAGGCUAAGAGAUGCUGAAGUAUCUGGUAUCCCAGCUUGGAGGAUAAUCAUUGACCCCGGCAUUGGAUUCUCAAAGAAUACUGAACAAAAUUUGGAUAUUCUUGUUGAACUCUCGAACAUUCGAACAGAAAUUGCAAAGAAAAGUUUAGCCUUGUCUCAUGCACCUAUACUUAUAGGACCUUCUAGGAAGAAGUUUUUAGGUGAAAUAUGUUCUCGCUCUGCUGCGGUUGAUCGAGAUCCUGCUACUGUUGCUUCUGUCACUGCUGGAGUUUUGGCUGGUGCUAACAUUGUGAGAGUACAUAAUGUGAAAGAUAAUCUAGAUGCUGUGAAGUUAUGUGAUGCAAUUUUGAGACGGAAGAAAUCGAUUGUGAAAGAUUAGGAGAUAAACUUGUGCAAUCUUUUUCUAAUGCAAAAAACAUGCUUAUUUUUGGAGAGGAUUUUGCACUGGACUGAGAUUUUUUUGGGUCAAAGUUGGCAUUUGAUGAUCAGAAUACAUUUUGUGUACUGUAUUUUUUACAGUUUACUGAGAAAAAGUCGAAAUUUCUUCACA